UUCAUGUACAUUUUCAUUCAUCUACUUUUACUCUCUUUAGUUGUUGAGUAAACUUACAAUAUGUUAAAGAUAUGUACUGAAUAAGAAGACAACAGGAGAUGUGUUGUAUUAAAUUGCUCUACGCACUAACUGAUCUGUUUACCCCAAUUGAUGUAGACAGAUUAAAUCCACAUAACCUGAUCACACCAUGAGUGUAAGUGUGUGUCAGUGCAGGCAGAGAUUAGCAUAAGCAUUGUCUAAACCAUAUUCUGCUGAGCAGUCAAAUAUGCUAAUCUAUAAUCUGUCCUAUAAAGGCACUUAAACAGAGUGUGCUCAAUUUCCCAGACCAAACAAACAUACAGCGAAAGGUGGAGAAACAAACCAGCGAUCAUGAAUGGCACUGAGGGACCGGACUUUUACGUUCCCAUGUCCAAUGUGACUGGAGUGGUGCGCAGCCCUUACGAGUACCCACAAUUCUACCUGGCAUCGCCACUGGCAUUUUAUUGUGUCGCCGCAUACAUGUUCUUCCUCAUCGUUACCUGCACCCCCAUCAAUGGCCUCACACUGUAUGUGACCAUUGAAAACACGAAGCUUCGGACCCCGCUGAACUACAUCCUUCUGAACUUAGCUGUGGCCGACCUCUUCAUGGUGUUUGGUGGAUUCACGACGACCUUCUACACCUCCUUACACGGAUAUUUUGUCCUAGGACGUGCUGGCUGCAACUUGGAGGGCCUCUUCGCUACGCUCGGUGGUGAGAUUGCGCUCUGGUCUCUGGUUGUCUUGGCUGUUGAGAGAUGGGUGGUCGUCUGCAAGCCCUUCACUAAAUUUCGCUUCACGCAACUCCACGCCACCUUCGGUGUUGCCUUCUCUUGGACAAUGGCCUGUUCGUGUGCCAUACCGCCUCUAAUUGGAUGGUCCCGCUACAUUCCUGAGGGCUUGCAGUGUUCAUGCGGAGUGGAUUAUUACACAUUGAAUCCUGAGACUGAAAAUGAGUCUUUUGUUAUCUACAUGUUCCUUGUGCACUUCACAAUCCCUCUCACCAUCAUUUCUUUCUGCUAUGGCCGUCUGCUCUGUGCUGUCAAGGUAGCAGCCGCCCAGCAGCAAGAAUCUGAAACUACUCAGAGGGCCGAGCGAGAAGUUACCCGAAUGGUAAUCCUCAUGGUCAUCGCUUUCCUAAUAUGUUGGGUCCCCUACGCCAGCGUCGCCUGGUAUAUCUUCACCCACCAAGGGAGUCAGUUCAGCCCUAUUUUCAUGACCAUCCCGGCAUUCUUUGCCAAGAGCUCAGCGCUCUACAACCCACUCAUUUACGUCAUGAUGAAUAAGCAGUUCCGUCACUCCAUGAUGUUAGUAGUGUUCUCAGGAAAGGAUCCUUUCCAGGAUGAGGAGGAAGUAAGUUCCACCUCAAAGUCCAAGACAGAGACCUCAUCCGUCUCCUCAAGCUCUGCUUCUUCUGACUGAGGGUCAUGCUCAAGGCUAUUUGUGGAAUUUACAAUUCAACUGCCUGCCACUUAUGACAGCUUCCCUGUAAGGACAUAUGGAAAAUUCUGACGGCAGAUUGAGUUGUAUACUAAUAUCUCAGUACACAGGCGUUUCAAUACAGCUCAGACUGUGAAUGGGAUAAAAUGAUUUUAAAUAUAUAUAUAUAUAAAAAUAUAUAAUAUGUGCAAUUAUUAUUAUUAUAGCAUGAUAAGAACAGCACUUUAUAUAUUUAUAUGUGAAUUCAGGGGCGACACACAACUCUUAAUGUGCAAGAGGACCUGGGUUCAAAUCUUGAUGUUAUAUAUUAUAUUCAUAAUUGGGAUUUUAUAUAUAUAUGUGAGGUCAGUGAGAUUAGCAAGGAUGCAUUACAUUGAUCAAAAGGGACAGUAAAGACUUCUACAUUGUUACAAAAUAUUUCUUAAAAAAAUAUAUAUCAUGGUUUCUACAAAAAUAAAUUAGCAGCACAACUGUUUUCGACAUUGUUAAUAAUAAGAAAUGUUUCUUGUGCAGCAAAUUAGCAUA